CACCGUCCUAGGAACCCGGAUCUUCCAGAUAUGGUCUCUGUACAGCAAACGAACUCGAACAGGGAGGCUUGGCAAGAUAUUCCCGCCAACUUCCAAAAUUGGAACUGUACAACGUUGCAACCCCCUCCGCUCUUUCCGGUUAACAAUUUCUUAUGCAUUAGCCGAUUUUGUGUCCUACGUCAAUAAAUCCGAAGAAAGUUUCUCGGUCCAGUGUCACACCAAAGGGGUGCUUCUAUCGCGGUGGGCGAGGAGCCGAUUGUGAUGACUCUGAAAAAAGGGCUCUUAGAUUGAAAGCAUUUCUUCCGUGCCGUUGUACGGAUUGUCUCUCCGAUUCCAAGUUCGGGCAAUUUCGAUUCUCUGAGCCCGGCAAAUAUAGAGAGAGAUGAGUGGAGCUGUGCUCGUGGCGGUUGCCGCUGCAGUCGGCAAUUUGUUGCAGGGAUGGGACAAUGCCACCAUCGCAGGGGCGGUUCUUUACAUCAAGAAGGAAUUCGAUUUGGAAAGUCAACCCACGAUUGAAGGGCUGAUAGUGGCUAUGUCGCUCAUAGGGGCAACAGUAAUCACGACGUUUUCAGGGCCCGUGUCGGAUUCGAUCGGACGGCGCCCCAUGAUGAUCAUCUCUUCGGUUCUUUACUUCCUCAGCAGUUUGGUGAUGCUGUGGGCUCCCAAUGUCUAUGUCUUGCUUCUGGGAAGGCUCCUGGACGGAUUUGGGAUCGGUCUCGCCGUCACUCUUGUUCCGGUAUACAUAUCCGAGACUGCUCCGCCCGAGAUCAGGGGGCUCUUGAAUACCCUGCCUCAGUUCACCGGUUCCGGCGGAAUGUUCCUUUCUUAUUGCAUGGUAUUCGGAAUGUCCUUGAUGGAUUCGCCGAGUUGGAGGCUAAUGCUGGGUGUGCUCUCUAUCCCCUCUCUAGUCUAUAUCGGAUUGGCAUUAUUUUUCUUGCCCGAAUCUCCUCGGUGGCUUGUCAGUAAAGGCAGGAUGGUCGAGGCCAAUCGGGUCCUUCAGAGGUUGCGCGGGAAGGAAGAUGUCUCGGGUGAGUUGGCAUUGCUAGUCGAAGGACUAGGAGUUGGAGCCAACACAUCCUUAGAAGAAUACGUUAUUGGCCCUGCCGACGAGGAAGUCGACAAGCAUAAGUUGGGAAUGUCUCAAAUUAAUGGGCACAAGCCGCCGAAUCAGCAAUCAUGGAUCGCCAAACCAGUAACUGGACAGAGCACCCUGAGCAUGUCCCGCCAUGCCAGCUUGAUCAACAACCAAAGCAUUCCUCUGAUGGAUCCGCUCGUCCCUAUGUUUAGCAGCAUCCACGAGAAGCUCCCGGAGACAGGAAGCAUGCUCUUCCCCACCAUGGGGAGCAUAUUCGGACUGGCGGAACAUCCCACCAACCAGAACGACCUUUCCGACGUGGAAAGCCAAAGGGAUGCCGCGGACAGUGCGUCCGACCAUGACGCAGCAGAUUUCAACGACAACCUGCGGAGCCCUCUAUUGUCCCGCCAAGCGACUUCCACGGACAACAAGGAAGGCAUGGGUGCCACUGGAAGCGGCCACAGUUUCAGCGUGAGACAAGGUAGCAUCAUCCUGGAAGGUGGCGAGCAACUCGGCGGCAGCAGCACUGACAUCGGUGGAGGUUGGCAGUUAGCAUGGAAGUGGUCAGAGAAGGGGGGAGGGAAUGGGAAAAAGGAGGGAGGGCUUCAGAGAGUUUACCUGCAUCAGGAUGGCCCUGCAGCCUCGAGGCUUGGUUCGAUGCUCUCAGUCACUGGUAGUAUGAUGCCGGAAGGAGGUGACCUGGUUCACGCUUCUGCUCUAGUGAGCCGGUCUGUCAUUGGUCCAGAGGGACUAUUCAUGGGUCAGAAUCCAGUUGAGGCAGUCAUGAACAGGAAUCAGGAAACCGGCACUAAAGGGCCAAGCUGGUACGACUUAUUCGAACCGGGAGUGAAGCGCGCGCUGUUUGUUGGAAUUGGAAUUCAGAUCCUUCAACAGUUCUCUGGCAUAAAUGGGGUUCUCUACUACACGCCGCAGAUUCUCGAGCAAGCCGGUGUCGGAGUCCUCCUAUCUAAUUUGGGGCUCAGUUCUGCUUCUGCAUCUCUUCUCAUAAGCGGUCUCACUACAUUGUUGAUGCUCCCGUGUAUCGUUGUUGCUAUGAGGCUAAUGGAUGUCUCUGGCAGAAGGUCGCUACUUUUAUCCACGAUCCCUGUCCUGAUAGUCUCGCUGCUCAUCUUAGUCCUCGGCAGCGUCAUCAACAUUAGCAGCGUCGUGAACGCCACGAUCUCGACUACCAGUGUCAUUGUCUACUUCUGCUGCUUUGUCAUGGGAUUUGGGCCCAUCCCCAACAUCCUGUGCUCCGAGAUCUUCCCUACUCGGGUGCGUGGCAUUUGCAUUGCGAUCUGCGCGCUCACGUUCUGGACCGGCGACAUCAUCGUCACAUACACGCUCCCCCUUAUGCUCUCCUCCAUCGGCCUGGUUGGCGUGUUCGCCAUUUACGCCGUCGUGUGCACGGCGUCGUGGUUCUUCGUAUUCCUCAAGGUGCCCGAAACGAAGGGCAUGCCGCUCGAAGUCAUCUCUGAGUUCUUCGCCGUGGGUGCGAAGCAGGAUGCUGUGACCACAGAUUAGUGAAAUUUUUUUCUGACAGAUUUAAAGAGCUGGCGCUUUUUCUGGCUUGUGAAGUUAUCAAUAUUUUGAUUCUGUUAAAGACUUCUCCAACGCGAGAUGUGAAAAACUGUAAUAUGACGGUUGUUUCCGGCGAGAGGGCGAUCAGAUUGAGCCGCCAUUAUAUGAAUAGAGUGCUUGCGGGAGAGUAUGACAACAUAUGGUCAUGGCAAACAUCGCCGACCGAAAGGGAAGUCCGUCCGGUGUAAGAACGGGGGAAUUGUGAAAAGAAACCAACUCUUUGCCCGUAUUAGGAUGAGCUGCUGACAUGUUUAGGAUUUUCCUAGGAAUGUCGGGUCAAGUUGAUCAGUCUUUUUGCUCGCUAAC